AUGGAGCCCAAGAAGUCCAUAGCUAGUCCAGCCCAAACGGUAGUUGGUAAAGACUUAUCAAAUCCGUUAAAGGUUGUGGACUUACCAAAAGUCCAACAAACUCAGGGGACUGUUGAUUCUCCUACUAAAUUAGACAAUCAGACUCAGCAGACUGAUAAAUCUGCUACAGAAAAAGGCAAAGAAAUUUGGGAUCUCCUAGGACAGCCCAGUGGAAAAUUUGAUUACUUAGUAAAGUAUAGUCCACCAGAACACUUUUCAAAUAAUCCAGAACUUUCACAAGCCCAAGAAAUUCAGUCCAGUAAGGGAAAAGAAAAAAUGGAUGAUGUUGAUUGUGUCUACACGGUGUAUGUGAGGACCGGAUCAAUCAUAAAAGCCGGGACUGAUUCCAAGAUUACCUUGACUCUCUACGAUGCUAAUGGAUAUGGGAUCCGGAUAAAAAAUCUUGAGGCAUGGGGCGGGCUUAUGGGCCCAAGCUAUAACUAUUUUGAGAGAGGGAAUUUGGACGUCUUUAGUGGGAGGGGCCCAUGUUUGACCGGGUCAAUUUGUGUAAUGAACUUGACGUCCGAUGGGACUGGCCCGCACCACGGUUGGUAUUGUAAGUACGUGGAGGUGACGACGACUGGAGUCCACUAGCAAUGUGCCCAGAAACUAUUCACGGUAGAGCAGUGGUUGGCUACGGAUACAAAACCUUAUGAGCUCACCGCGGUGAGGAACUCUUGUUCGUCAGAUGAGAAGAAAAAUGUGAUUGAUCGUCAUGAUUCAUCUAUGGUUUCUGUUAUGUAAGAGUCGUUUCGGCUUUGAUGGGCUUUUCCGUUUUGUACCCUCCUCCACUGUGUAAGUGAGGACUGUAACAUAUUUCUUAAUAAUAUGCCCUUUGGAUGUUUUGUGCAAAGGAGGGACCGACAA